AUGGAAGCUCUGAAAUCGGCCAUGGACCAGCACUUGGACCAGAUGGCGGAUCUGGUUCAGAAGCUUUCUUCCGAGCUCCGAUCCGGCCUCCAACCCGCUUACGAGAAUUUCAUGGGUUUCUUUCACGCCAUUGACUGGACGGAGCCUUGGUUAAUGGGUAUGAUGGGAUUCCAUGUAUUUCUAUUGCUAGUAGUUAUAUUCUCGAGGAAGAGCACUAAUUUCCAGAUGGGGCUGUUCCUUCUCACCUUGGCCGGUGUACGGUUUGCUGAGAUCCUGAACAGAAUACUUCGAAACAACUGGAGGAACUUUGCAACCCAGAACUACUUCGAUCCACAUGGUCUCUUUCUUUCAGCCGUCUGGUCAGGGCCUCUGCUCGUCAUUGCAUGUCUAAUCUUGGGGUGCGACGGCUCUGUUUUGCUGGACGACACGGCGACGUUUCAAGGGGAGAAGACGGCGCCGCCGAACUUGAAUUCGCUGAGAGGGUUUGAAGUGAUCGAUGCAAUCAAAUCGGAUCUGGAAUCGGUUUGCCCUGAAACCGUCUCUUGCGCUGACGUUCUCGCCAUUGCUGCCCGCGACUCUGUUUUCCUCACAGGGGGACCCAGCUGGGAAGUUCAGAUGGGGAGGAAGGACGGCGUAUCGGCGAGCAAAGCGGCGGCCACGGCCAGCCUUCCGGGGCCGAAUUCCACGGUGGCGGUUCUACUUGCCAAUUUUCAGAACGUUGGGCUCAGUCUAAACGACGUCGUCGCUCUUUCCGGGGCCCACACAAUCGGGAAAGCCAGGUGCUCAUCGUUCAGCUCACGAAUCUCCGGCGGCGCUGGCGGCGGUCCGGACAUCAAUUUGGAUUUUGUCCAGUCCCUACAGCAGCUGUGCUCAUCGCCAGACCUCUCUACGACGGCCACCACGGCGGCGGUGGCGGAGCUGGACAAGGGGACGCCGUUCACGUUCGACAACCAGUACUACACGAACCUGUUGUCGGGGGAAGGGCUGCUGCCGUCGGACCAGGCGCUGGCGGGGCAAGACCAGGAGACGAGGAUGAUCGUCGAGACGUACGUCGAGGAUUCGGACAGGUUCUUCGAGGAUUUCAAGGCUUCGAUGGUGAGAAUGGGGAGCUUGGUUGGAGUUGUCGGUAACACGGGGGAGAUCAGGAGGAACUGUAGGUUUGUUAACUGA